CUGUUUCCAUAUAAGGAGCCGCAGUUUGCUGCAAUGAUCAUCCAGAACCUUCAGAACUGAAUCAGCUAAUCAAUAAAGUUCUCUUAUUUUGCGAUGACGUGAAUGGAUCCACCCAGUCAGAACCAGCAGAAUGAACCGCCUGAGUUCGGCCGUCCCCGCAGAGCAAUACCUCGCGGACAGCCAGGUUCUGUUCUAUCUGAAUGAUGCCGUGACCCAGCUGCUGGACCAUAAGGAGGAGUACACACAGUUCGGCCUGGUUCGGUACUUCGCAGAAUAUUUCAGCAGUGUAAAGAACAGCAACCAUGUCCUCUUCAGGGAGUUGAACUACAUCAGAGCCACGCAGCACAACAGAGCGUCCUUCAUCAGAGUCUUCUGGAGAUGCUUCAGGCAGAUCGGCAAGAGUGGAGAUUUGCUGUCGGUGCCGGAGUACAGGUCCCUGCUGCAGCUGCUGUGCCCUGACUUUCCACUGGAGGCAGUGCAGAGCGCCUCCAGAAUUGUUCUGGCGGACAACGCCUCUGAUGGUCUGAUGUCUUUCUCUGACUUCGUUUAUUCCUUCCAGCUGCAGUUCUGCUACCAAGAGUUCCUGGACAGCGUCCAGGUGAUCUACCAGGAUCUGCUGGCCGGGAAGAGUCCCAACACCGUGAUCGUCCCCACGUCGUCCUCUGUCGAGCAGCUUGUCUCCGUGGCAACCGAGGAGAGCGACAGGGAGGAGCAGCAGCAGGACGCCGUGGAUUCGUCCACGCUGGCUGAGUGUGUGGAUGCACUUUGUGAACGGUUCAAGCACAGUUAUCCCUCCAGGAUGUGUCUGAGGGAAGUACUGGAACAGACAGACAAAGUUUCCUACUACGGCUUCCUCCAGAGUCUGGCCAACCAUGAGAGCAUUAACCAAACGAUCGGAGCGUUACCCAGUAAGGAGGAGCUGCUCGUUGACCCAGAAAUGGACCAGGAACUCGACAAGCUAAUCGCUCAGAUCUCUGUGAGCCCCAGCAGCAACAGCAGCGGCAGCGCCAUCGGGGGGCUGAAGGAGGUGCAGAGGCGCGCCUCCCCACGCAGGAACAUCCACCACCGGAGGAAGAUGGAGGUGGAGAGCGACGGCUCCACCGAGGAAACGGACUCCUCUGAAAACUGAACCGGGUCUUUAAGUCUUGGCACGCAAAAACAUUCUAAUAAAAAUUGCAAUACAAAACCCACAUUACGUCAGAUAGUGCCGUAUGAACACGCAUUUGAAGUGAUAUCGAAGUGACAUCAGGUGGUCGGUUUGAUCUGUACACUUUUCCACUUUUUCUCUGUAAAGUCAUCUAAGAGAUGUUGUUCAUUUUUUAAAGUUUAUAGUUAGUUAUUCAGCACCUCUUAUCUUUCUGAUACUGACUUUCUUGUGUAAUCUUAGACUUUCUGUCUUUUUGAAACUGUUCACGUUUUUUUUCUUUGGGUUUUACUCAUUUUUAUUAGACCUCUUGUAGCUGUGCAUUUUCAGAGACAUUUAGCUUAGCAUAUUUUAGCAUAGUUAAAGCUGGUUAGCUGUGUUUAGCUAGCCAGCUAAACACAGCUAGUGUAACAUAGUUUGGCUUAGCUAAUUUUAGCCUAGCUUAACCCAAAUCUAGCUUUGCUUACUUUGAUUUAGUUUUACUUGGUUUAAUGUAGCUUACCCAAGAUUAGCAUGUGUUUAGCUUCAUUCAACUUAGUUUAAUUUAAAUUAACCUUUCUUGACUUAGUUCAGUUUAAUUUAGCUUGGUAGCUAUACCUAAAUUUAACUUAGUUUGGGUUAGUUUAGUGUACCUUAGGUUCACUAAGCUAAAAUAAAGUGAGCUAAACUGACUUAGCUUUAAUUUAGCUUAGCUUAGUUUAAUUUCAUUCAAAGUGUGUUUUCUUAAUUUAGCUUUCCUUAGCAUCUCCCAAUUUUGCUCAGUUUUGUUUGUUGUGUAGCCUACAUUAUGUUAACUUAGUUUAGCUGUCCAAACAUAGCUUAGGCUAGCUUAACAAUUAGCCCAAAAUGCAUUAGCUUGAUUUUUAGCUUUGUUUGGGUAAAAUCAUGAGCUUUCUUCUUUAAUUCUUAAGCUAUUUGUUAUUUUUAUACACCAAACUCUCAAGUGAUUCUCAAGCAAAGCUAAUAAUAUUUUAUCUCUAAUUGAAUUUGUGCUAAACUAACCUGCUGUCAUAUUAUUGUGCCAUCAUGAAUGUUACAUCAGUUUUAAAUCUGAACUUAUCAAAGUAGUAGUUUAAUAAAAAAGUAUGUUUUAAAAUAAAUUUGAUCUCAUUGAGUAAAUUCAAUGCAUCUUCAUGGCAAUAAUUAAGGACUUUGAAAGAGCUUCAGAAAGCAUAGAGAACAAUUUAAUAGAUUAAUAAUAAGUCUGUAAAUAAAAUCUGAAGAGAAGAGCAUCUUGAUGUGAACAGAAAUGUUUUUCAGCUGUUUGUACCUUUUUUUUUAAAUCUUUGUUUCUUAAAGUAAUAUUUCUAAUGUAAAGCUCAAUUUUGUGGUACAAUUUUAGAUUGUUAGAUUUGUGGUAUUUAUGGAAAAUAAGCUCUAUUGAAAUGUUGACAACAAAGCAAACAUUUUAUGAAUGUACCUUACAAACAACAUGUAGCCUAUCUGUUCUUGAAGAUUUCUAUACAUAUAUGAACAAAUGUAGAAAUAAUAAAUCAGUCAGUCCCAUUCAUGUAGUUAAUAGUUACAGGCUUUUCUUCUUUUCUGACCUGCUACUGCGUUAAUGUUUAUGAUAAAUUAGAUGUUAAGCCUGGGUAAGCCUGUUGAUGCAUUUAUGACUUCAAAUAUAAUUCAAAAUGUAUGCAGCUUCGCUCACUGAUUAAUAAAAGCUGUAACUGUGACGCCA